CAGUCUGUUUUACUCACAGCCAGCAGAGGAUAACCUAAACAUCUUUUCACCAGGUAAUUAAAAUUGAAAAACUGCUCAUAGCCCGUAAAAUAGGCAGCCGGAGUAGAGCCCAUAAGCAGUCGAAAUUCCAAAGUGAGGAAGGGGAAUCGAAGAGUUUAGCCUUCGACGAUGAUAUAAUUUUCUGUUUUUGUUAUUACAGAACCGACCCGAUAGCCUUAGAUCCACACAACCCAUUUAUAAACGCCCCCAAUUCGAAAAUCAAACAAACUUUGAACCACAAAUCAUACACAUACACACGCAAUACAGUAUAAUUACAGUAUAAUUAUGGCUGAAAAAGAUGAACAAGAGGCGGGUUCCAAGAAGAGGGUAUCAUCAACCUACGAAUCCCUAGGAUGGCUCACAGAAUCGACCGUUAUGCCCAAGAAACUCAAGCCCAUCGAGGGUGUCGGAGCCUCCUCGAUUUUCGAGCUCAAGGCCCAGCUUUACAGGUCCCAGGAAGAAUCCAAGCGUCUUGGCAAAGAUUCAGCCCAGCCCAGUUCGUCUUUUGAGCACCUUGAUGUUCAUAAGGCCAAGAAAAAGAUUCUUGCUCACGACCCUUUUGCUAAUAAGAAUCAUGGUGUUGAAUCCAGGGCUCACAAGGACAAGCUUGAGCUGAAAGCACUCAAUGAGGGAGCAGUUAGUUAUGCUGCACUAGAGAAGAAAGCUGAGUUGUAUGAUAAGCUUGCAAGGGGAGAGCUUUCAGACGAGGAAGAUAAAGAGAAAUACUGUGUUGAUUUCUCUAGUAAGAUUGUGCAGGAGGAACCACAGCAUCCUCAAGACCAUGAUACUUCUGGCACAGGGCAAACAGAGUAUGGAGGUUCUUCAAUGCGACCUAACAUUAUGCCUAUGGGGCUGGGAAGAGCAGGUGCCACCUUCGACAAUGAGGAGCACAAGCGUUUUGUGAAAGAGGUUCAUGAAGAAGUUAAUCAAGCAAGGGAAAAAGUAUCCGAGGCCAAAUUGCGUAGGCAAGAGCAAAUGGCACUGCACAGAGAGAAACUCAAACAGGCUUAUCUUAGAAAACGGCUGGAAAAAAUUAAAGCAUCCAAAACAGAGCAAAAUUCUAUUUAGUGUAUUGUUAUUUGUUAGCUCUUGUACUGUAUAGAAAAGCAUAUGAACAGCUUGAUUCAUUAAGAUUGUUCAAGUUGGUGUUAGGUUUUUGUAAUCUCCAUUCUAAAAGAUAGAUCUAAAGAUGGCUGAAUGAGAUCUGCAAAUUGCAAUUGAGAGAUCUCUUUGAGUUGAAGAAGAGAGAAGACUUAUUUUGGGGCACAUAUGUGUAUUUGUUUUAGGAGGUUUACAAAUUUUGAAUUGAUUGAUAGGUGCAAUGAGUCAUAGCAGAGAGAUUGAUCCUUUGUUGAAGGAUCAGAGUGAAAGAAAGCAGAGUUUUCGACACAAUGUGGUGAUGUUGGCUGCGAGCUUAAGGAGGUUGGGGGCCGCCUUUCCUCUCAAGAACAGUCAUUUGUUCGAGAGAAUAUCACAAGACAGGUACAAUAUGGGUUAAAAAGGCUGUGGCAUGUUUGUACUUUUAUGUCCCCGAGGGGUUUAUAUAUAAAUUCACACCCAAUUUCUUGGCAA